AUGCAUUGGAAAGGAUUACGACUCGGCGCGUUAUAUGAUAGCGAAUCCAAACGAAAUCCAGCCGAUCCACAAUCCCGUCACAGCGAGCAGCUGGCUCGUUCGACCCUCUCAGCGACAAACCUACCGCCCCGCAUCUCCGAAUCUUCUGCUUGCUCGCCGAAUCUCACAGGGCUGGAUGCUGAUGGCCAGGCUGAAUCGGAGGGCAGUAAUCGUGCUCCCGCUCCGGGGAAUUCCUCGCUCAAGAGCAGGGUCCCUAAUGCUCUUAACUCUAGUCGGGAAGCAUUGAACCGCAGCGGGAGCCGGUUCAGUCUCAUGAGACUUCGCCAUGCCUCUGACCCUCAACUGUCUAAAUCUUAUGCUAAAGCGGGAACGGAAGUUCCGCCAGUACCCAACAUACCGCCUCCUACCAUAAUCACGACCGCGCCCACGAGUCAUGAAUUGGACCAGCCCGUGAAGCGAAAGAACAAAUUCUCUAUCUUCCCCGAACCCAGGAAGUCCAUGGAAGCACACGCUGAACAGCAAACCGUCCGCAACGAGAAAGCCAAGCGAUCCCAGGACUCGACGGGGUCACAAAGCGCCGACACUUCAUUGACAGCAUCGAGGGUUAGUGCUGAAGAGCCGGGACGCCUUUCAACCACGUCCAUUCGAAGUACCGGUCGCGAUCGACCAAACGGCUCCUAUCGAUCCUCCGUGGUGGACGGCCGAUUCUCCGAGUCUUCUCGAUCGGACCAAAGCGCUGCAACCAACAAUGAGAUAUCUCGAACGAAUUCCCCGCUCGGGGGGCCAGCUUCCGGCACCAAACGAUUUCGCAUGCCACGCCUGAAAAGAAAUCGCGUCCAGUUCCCAUUGCCUCCAAAACCCACCGCGGACAAUGGGCAGACACCGGGCUUGACCCAGUCUAGAUCCGUUCCUGACGGGCCAACUCGGGGAUCUGACGCCUCGGAUGGGCAGGACCACGUAUCCCCUUUGCCAUCACCCUCUCGGUCAUCUGCUGGUUUAUCAGCCUCGCGCCCACCUAUCAUUCGAAAGGAUUCGUCUAACUCUGCGCAUUCGGUGCAUUCUACACCUUCAAUUAGAGGUGGCCGCAACCAGGGUCUUCCCAAGAAUAGAGCAAGAUCCUCCACGCUGGACUCGGUCACAAAUAUACAGGAUACCGAUCCGCACCCAUCUCCUAACCAACCGUCAUCUAGCCGAACAUCCUUCUCGACCACCGGCCGCAAGAGCUUUGGUGAUAUUUUUAGCAUCAGUCAGCGGUUGAGACAAAAUUCAGAGCCAGGCUAUUUUCGAACGAAUAGCUCACCUAGCGGUACCAAAGGCACUUCGUCACCUCUCACUAAAGUUCUUUCCUAUCCAAAACGGGAAGAGGGUGACACUCCCGCAACAUACCUUGCACGACUAGAAGAGAACAUCCCCAAGAGCGCAGUUGCCGGGGUCCUUUCUCAAUCGGGCGAGGACUUUUACAAAACCGCAUUACGGAAGUUUAUGCGAGGAUUCUCUUUUUUCGGAGACCCUAUUGAUAUGGCAAUCAGAAAACUAUUGAUGGAAGUUGAGUUGCCAAAAGAGACGCAGCAGAUUGAUCGGUUUUUGCAGAGCUUUGCAGACCGAUAUCAUGAAUGUAAUCCGGGCAUCUUCGCGUCUACAGACCAAGCAUAUUUCAUCGCGUUCUCCAUUCUCAUCCUGCACACAGACGUAUUCAACAAGAAUAACAAGCGCAAGAUGCAAAAAGGCGAUUAUGUGAAGAACACGCGCGGCGAAGGCGUAGCGGAAGAUAUCCUGGAAUGCUUCUACGAGAACAUAUCAUAUACACCUUUCAUUCGCAUUGAAGACUCCAACCUCGGCACACGCCAUUUGCCAAAACCUAAAAAGGCGUUGUUUCGAGUUCCCAGUGCCGAGAAUCUGUCCCGUGCGACCCGAGAGCCCGUUGAUCCAUACGCUCUGAUUAUGGAUGGGAAACUAGACACCCUACGACCAAGUCUCAGGGACGUUAUGAACCUUGAGGAUCCUUACUGCUGUAAUCCCACUACAGGCCCAGCGGAUAUUAAGAGCUUGCACCGAGCUUUUGCCCAAUCAGCUAUCCUGCAGAUUGUCUCUGCACGGUCCCGUCCCGACGCAUUCAUGCCAGCUAGCAUGGAGAACCCCGCUGAUUCCAACCCUGGCCUAGUGGAUAUCAAAGUGGCCAAAGUUGGAUUGCUGUGGCGUAAAGACCCAAAGAAGAAGAGGGCACGUUCCCCUUGGCAGGAAUGGGGUGCCCUUCUUACCUUGUCGCACCUUUAUUUCUUCAAAGAUGUAAAUUGGGUAAAGUCCCUCAUGGCUCAGUGCGAUGCCCAUCAGAAAGAAGGUCGCCGGCGGGCCGUGGUGUUCAAACCUCCACUUAAUGAUUUUAAUCCGGUUUCGAUGAUGUCGACAGACAAUGCUGUGGCUCUGUUAGAUUCCAGCUACAAGAAACACAAGCAUGCGUUCCUCUUUGUACGCCCCAACUCACUCGAAGAGGUUUUCUUAGCCAACAGUGAGGCGGAUAUGAACGACUGGCUAGCAAAACUCAAUUAUGCUGCAGCAUUUCGCACAACAGGGGUUGGGACAAAGGGUAUGGUUGUCACCAAAUACGAUGCUCAGAGGAACCGAAUGAGUCGUCGGCUCUCGUUUCAGUCUGAAAUGUCCCGGUUUUCUUCGGAUAAAGAACCCGCAUCACCAAGUUCUGGCAUGGGUGCAGCCGAAGAGUUGAUGGCAGCCCGAACCAGGCUUAUACAGCAAAAGGUCAGGGAGGCGAACGAAACACUUUUUAUCUCCCAGAAACAACUGGACGAUAUCUUGAGGAAUGCGAGACAUCUUCAAGUCUUGACCCCUGUCCACACACGCGCAAGGGAACAGCUGAUCAUGGCUGCAGGCCGCAUGUCGGCGAAGCUCAAGUGGGUAAGGCAGGACAUUUGGCGCACAAAAAGUCACCGGGAGGUGCUAGUGCGCGACUUGGGAGAAGAGAAUGACCAGGCCGUCACUGCGCCUGAACCACAGCGCCUGCGCUUGGAAAUACCGGCUUCCAACUCACUUUCCGGCAACGGCGGAGACUCCGUGUGGGAUAAGCAGUUGUCUCCGAUGUUUGCAAAAUCUCCAAGCAUUGCGCCUGAGAAGCCAUCAUCCGUCAAUCAGAUUUCGUCCCCAUCAUCGAGCACUGGUGGCGUACGACGGCCCAGUCUUGCUACUUCCGUGACUUCACCGGAUAUCCUACUGCGCACGGGCAGACCACCCUCCGUAGACAAUUAUGAACGAGCGAAAUCGGUUUCGCCGAACCCCUCGCAUGUUCUGGAGCGCGAGGCUUCAGUACUAAGUUCCGGCAGCAAGAUGGACGUUUCGAGUCUGGCCUCGAAAACUUCUAAGCUGACACUUCCCGGAAGUUUUGAUGACGGUGAAGAACGUCUUCUCCGCGAAGCCGGACUAUUAGAUGCGAGCUCGGCUUCUCGCAAAGGGUCCGUUACGGCUGACGGUAUGGAUUUCGAUCUGAAGAAGGAUGAUGCCCCUGAAGGAUCACAAGACCGCAUGAGCCGAGUCCGCCACAGCUUCCACCGCACAUUGCGCGACUCAUCCAGCGGUCAUCACUAUCCCCGGAGCAGAAAGCGCGAGUCCGCGCCGAGUGUUACAGCUGCAGAAGACAGUCAAGGGUCUGGCGAUGCAGGUGGUCUCUCUCGCAAGGGCGGCAGCUUCACUGUGCAUGGUAAGAAGGCGUCGAUUGUGACUUUUGGCUCUGACUGGCAGAACAUGCCGCCAGAAGAGCGCCUCAAGCUUCGAAAACCCACACCGUCAGAGGAGCCGCGAGCAUCAGACACGGAUUUAGUCAGCGGUGGAGAGUCGACCCGUUCCGGACUGCGGGCAUCACUGGACAUCCCGGUUAGGCUUUCAGAGGAGAAAGCUGAAGACAAACUCGAUAGACGCUCAGUUCGUUCUGAGAGCGCUGUCUCCACGGUAUCACAGGAACCUUCCUCUCCAUCAACCAACGUUCAUAACAGUCUACGCUCGGUGCCACUCCCAGACUCCUCCACCGUCGAUGAAAACCCAACACCAACACUACCACAAGCCAUCCAUGCAUAA